AUGGUUGUUGUCACAAUAUCGCUACGUAGUGUUAUUGCGGCUCUGCUGUAUAUGGAAGUAUUAGAACCGCUUCCUGAUUUUCAAAAAAUGUCUAUUACUUCUGUUAUUAAGGACAUUAAGGGUCGUCUUGAUGGAAAAGUUGCUAUUAUUACUGGGGCAGGAAGUGGUAUUGGUUUUGAGUCAACCGUUUUGUUUGUGAGAGAAGGAGCCAAUGUAGUUGCUGCAGACAUUAAUCUUCAAUCUGCUGAAGCUGUGGUUGCAAGAAUAAAGGAGAAAUUUCCAUUGAAUGUUCUUAGACGUGCCGUUGCUUAUAAAGUGGAUGUUUCCAAGGAAGAUGAAGUAAAAAAAUUAAUAGAGUUCACUUUGAAAGAAUUUGAUUCCAAAGGCGGAAGCAUAAUUAAUACGGCCAGUUUUGUUGGAUUAAUGGGUGCCGCAACUCCUCAGAUAGCUUGUGAACCAAUCGAACAAGCUCAGGCUGCCUUAUUCUUGGCAUCCGAUGAAUCAUCUUAUAUCACGGGAACUGAGUUAAAGGUUGAUGGAGGUCUUACUGCCGCAUAUGUGGUUG